UUUCUGGCAAAAUUUGUUCCGAGACCAUGUACUAUACAGUAGCGUUUGGCAUUCAUUUACUUUCAGAUGGCUAUCUCUCCAUCAAUUGUUAGUGUAGGAUCCAUGCCUAUUUCAAUUGUUAUUCUAAAAAUAGUCAAUUGUUAAAAGGAUGAGAUGUCCAAUAGUAUGUUUCAUAAUGAACAUCCUGCCAGUAGUAGAUAUACUUUUGUGAGAUUUCCAGGAGUGUAAGCUGACCAAGAGAUCAUGAAUUUGUCCAUUUCUUUGAGUCUUACAAUUCUUUUCUUUGUAGGAGCAAGUGGAGUAGAUAUUGAUGGCCUCCAUGAUGCUACUGGUUUCAAUGAAAUAGAGGCACUAGUACAAGGCUGGAGACAGCUCAGUGAUGAAGAGAGACUCGAUUUUAAAGAAUUCAUUGACUCAGUCACUGGAAGAAGGAGCAAGAGUAGUAAUAAUAGUGGAGUAACUGUAGGUCAUAAACAUGACAAGUACAAAAUAUAUCAGUCACUUGACCUGUACUCAUAUUACAGCUACCUGUACUACUAUCCUACAAUCCACUGGAGUCUCUGUAAUACUCCUGAUACUAAGGAUUACUGGGUGGGUAUUUACAAGGUCGGUGCAUCUGAUAGACAGUACCUGACACACAAGUGGAUCGGAAUGAAUGCCCAAGGCUCAUACUACAUUGGUCAACUGCUCAAUGAGUCGAAUACAGGAGAAAAAUCCAAAAUACGUUUUGAAGAGUUUGAGUUACGUCUAUUUAAAGGAGGUUAUAAAAGGGUGAGUGCAAUCAGCAAUAAGUUGUAUGGCGUAGUCCGUUCAUCACCUUUUACAAAAGCUUCUGAUCAAAGCAGGAAUGAGCAUGAGAUAGAUCCUAAAAUAAAAUCAUUUAUACCAUCUCUUGAAAAAGCACUUGAUUCAAAUGCUAAAUCUACAUUGACUAAAGAGAAUCUGCAAAAUCUUUGGUUUCAGUUUAGUGAGCAAGAGCGUGACUUGCUUUAUCCAAUAUUGGAACAAGACUGUCUUCCUAUUCAUAUAAGGAAACCGGAAUAUACUGAUGAUGAGGAAUGGCCUGAACCACUGAAAGCGUACCCUGAUCUUCCUAAGUCAGUACCAACAGCAGCAGAAGAUAAAUCUAGUGUAUGCAGUAAUAAACUGUGGAUAUCACUGAGGCACAGUUAUACUUACGUCUAUCCUGUUCUUGACACCAAGAAAACACUGUCUGGAAAGUAUGCCUGGCUAGGAGUGUAUAGGAAAAGAUAUACAUUGCCCUAUCCUAGUGCAGGGUACCUGACAUGGCAGUGGGUUGGUCCAGGGCAGAGAAAGGUUUCUUACCUUUGCGACAUUAUGGAUCACAAUCAGGGGCCAAUAUCCCAAGUGUAUGUAGGUCCUGUGUUCAAUCACAUUGGAUCAGCUUACACUCAAGUUGGUUUUGGGUCUGGCAGUAUCUAUACUGCAAUUAAUGUAACUCCUCAGAGACCUUAGCAUUUGGUUUU